AUGGCUGAAAAAGAAGUUAAACAUCAAAUAGCUUUGUCAACAAUUAUUGUCAUUAUUAUUUUAAUUCUUAUCUUAACUGGUGUUACAAUUGCAAUUCCAGUUCUUUUUAGAGAUUCAACAAAUUCAACAGUUUCUGCUCCACCAGAAUAUGUAAAGAAUGAAUGUACACAAUCAAUGUCAACAAUUGCUGUGUUAAGUUCAAUUGUUAAUGAAGAACCAUUUCCAUAUCGUUAUUAUAAUUAUAUUUAUCGUCCUGGUGUUAUUUUAAAAACAGUUUCAUUAAUUUUUGGUUUUCGUCAUGAUACAAAAUCAUGGUCAUUGGAUAAAAUAACAUUUGUUGAUACAACAACAGGUAUUGAUUUGAUGCAAGAUGGAGAUUUUGAAUCGAAUUAUUUAAAUCAAUCAUAUUCACAAUGUAUUUUAUCAAAUACACGAAAUUCAAUCAGUGAUAUUUUAUUUGAUCUUCCUUAUUCAAACGAUUUUUAUUAUAAUGAUCAAACAAAUGUUGGAAUGACUUAUUUAAGUCAAGUUUUGAGUGUUGUUGGAGGAAGAUAUUAUAAUAUUUCAUUUUAUUUAGAAAAUCGUGGUUAUCAAAAUAAUUCUUUUGUUCUUUUAGUUGGUGCUUAA